UGGUUAAACAUUGUCCCAGCUGGAGACCUCAGCUGCAGCAGGGAGGCAAGGGUGAACGGGAGAAGAGGAAGACUAAACUGGAGGCUCAGAGUUCACCUUUCCUCUGUGUUCUUGCCUUGAGUAUGGGGUACAGAGCAGCCGUGACCUGCCUGCUUCUCUGUGUCCUGCACCUCAUUGCUGGAGAAGCUGCACAUCCGAUAUAUAUGGUGACAUUCCCCUACGUGAUCUACUACCCGCAUGGAGGCAAGGUGCACAUCCAUCUUGUGAACCUGGAUGAGCCAGCACGUGUCACCCUCAGCCUGAGGAGCAGCCAUAGCAUCCCCAACGUCACCCUGGAGUCGAUGGGUAACAAGAGCCUCCAGCUGGACUGGCCUCUCUUCCCCAACAUCACUACCCCAACUGAGGAGCUCGCAUAUGUGCACGUCACGAUCCAAGGAAGUUCCCUGUCGGUCUCCAGGUAUAGGAAGGUCCUCCUGAAAGCCCCAGGUCUGUGGACCACAAUACAGAUGGACAGGACUGCCUACAAGCCUGGACAAACUGUGAAGUUUCGAAUUCUCCGUUUGGAUGAAGACUUCAUGCCCAGUGACAGAAAGCUUCCCUCAGUGACUGUGCAUGAUCCCAGAGGGAACAGCAUCGUGCAGUGGCAGGAUGUGACCACACAGCAGGGCAUCGUGGACCUGUCCCUCCUUUUGGCCAGGGACGCAGCCCUGGGCACGUACACCAUUGAGACAGAGGAGAAGAAUCACACCUUUGAAGUGACGAGACUCUGGAAUCCCCGCUUCAGAGUGCUGCUCCAGCUGCCCUCCUUUGUGAUGGAGAUGGAUGAGAAGAUCCCGCUGCACGUCUGUGGGAGGUACUCAUCAGGGAAACCUUUCCAGGGCAAAGCUGAGGCCACCCUGUGCCAUUUCCACAAAUCUUAUCUUAGAUCCUCGAAUGAAUCUUCAAGAUGUGUGAUGCUUGAAGGACAGGUGAAGAGGAAUGGCUGCUUCUCCACCCAGGUGUCCACAGCUUUAUUCAACCUGACCAGCUCUGACCAUGUGAGGCGGCUCUUUGCCAACGCAUCUCUGACGGAUGAGGACACAGGGAGAACAAAAACCAUUACUAAAAGCUGUAAGAUUUUUCCUGAAAUGCCCCUAAAUGCCUCCAAGAACACCAAUGGAUUCAAUGAAAAUGGGACGCCCUAUGAUGGAAUGGACAGCAGUAGAUUCUUGAGGAUCCGCAGGAUGAAGGCGAUUCCGCCCUGCAUCCAGCCCCUGCAGAUCCAGGUGGAUUACAACUUCAGUAUGGAGGUUCUGAAGAUGAAGCCUGGAAGUAGCCUGGAAGUGUUCGUCCUGAUCCUGGUCAAGGAGACCCUUGUGACCAUCCUCAGGAAGGAGCUGUUUGUGGAUGCAGCACUAAGUGGUUCCUUCUCCAUCGAGCUGCCCGCUGCCCACAAGUUGGUGCCCACAGCUACAGUGUCGUGCUACACGGUUGUACCUGAAGGCUGGGUUUUGUUUGACUGGACUCUGCUGCAUGUUCCCAUGUGCUUCCCCAACCAGGUAAAGCUGUCCUUCCCAGAACAAAAGGUUCUGGCAGGCUUUCAGACCCAACUGAAGGUUCAGGCUGCUCCGGGCUCCUUGUGUGCCAUCCACAUUACAGAUGAGCACACGUGGUAUGCUGGUCUCAAGGCCACCACCAGCUCCAACACAGUCUCCAGCUUACACCUCUAUUCUGAAGUCAGCUUUUACUCUGAAGAUGAAGGCCAGAAAUUUAUUGACUGUCCCUUUGGUAACCGGCCAUCGUGUUCCAUACCGCUUAACCCCUAUGAUGUGCCUAAGGAGUUAAUAGUACUUAACCCCGAUGAUGUGCCUGAGGAGUUCAUAGAACUUAACCCCAAUGAUGUGCCUAAGGAGUUCAUCAUCAUUAGACGUAAACCCAAACGCCAUAAGAAUAGGAAGGGACGAUCGUACUUUGACGAUAGGAAUUUGUGUGACCCAGACACGGAUGCAGCCUUGAAAAGUGUCACCAACACUGGUCUGGAUAUGUGCUUAUUGGAUUUAAUCCAAACACCAGGAAAGCCAGAGGUUGAUGAGCACAGAAUCUGGCUGGAUCAAGCACAGCAGAUGGAAUUUCUGGGGACACGGCUGUGGAAACUGGUCCCUGUGGGGGAGGAUGGCUCUGCAGAGGUGACGGUGACGAUGCCCGAUGCCAUCAAGGAGUGGAAGGCUGGGAUGUUCUGCACUGCGCCCACAGGCGUGGGGCUGGCCCCCACUGCCACCCUCGUGACUUACAAGCCCUUCUCGGUGGAGAUGGCUCUGCCCUAUGCUGUCACCAGUGGAAAAAGCUUUGCUGUGGCUGCCACCAUCUUCAACCACCUGCAGCGCUGCCUAUGGGUUCGAGUGAUGCUGGAGGACUCAGAAAAUCUGGAGGUGUUGGAGAGGGCAGAUGAAGCAGGUGGUGGCUGUGUGUGUGGAUACGAAGCCAGGACCUUCCAGUGGGAUGUGCAAGCCAUCAGUCCGAGGAAGGUGAAUGUCACCAUCAGCGCCCAGGCCCUGAGCACAGAGGAACUGUGUGGAUCUGAGGUGCCCGUGGUGCCAGCACAGAGGGAUGUGGACACUGUGACAAAACUGCUGGUUGUGAAGCCUUCAGAGCAUUGAAGAUUGAUGUGAAUGGAAACUGCAGCUUCCUGGCUGUUCUGCUCCUGACUGCAUCCAGGCAACUCUCGAGCCUCUGCCCAUUCCUGCUGCUUCACCCCCUUUGCCUGACCGGAGCCUUCAGCAACGUGGUUGAGAUGGGGAAUCCACUUGAGGUCCCAGUUCCUACCUGUCAGUUCCAUCACUCUGUGUACAUCAGGGACUGAUGGGAGACGUCUGCAUUGCUGCCCACCAGGGUCACGUGGCUGCCCUUGAGCUGACAGCAGUGUAAUUCCUGGAAAAGAAAAAAAAAAAAGGGCAAAAAAAAGCCCUGGGGAUCAAUGGAAGUUGAAAUGAGCCAGGAGCAAUGGCUGGCCAUGCAGAGGAUGGUCUGUGCUGCUCCUGUAUGAGCCAGGCUGGAAAAUUAAGACAAAUAUAAGAGAAGAAAUAGAAGCAGCAAAAGGUUUUUUCUUGCAAAAAAGCUCCUUGUCUUCAGGCUCUUUCUCGGAAUCCCUGGACGCAGCCACCCCCAAGGGCUGGCACUUUGUGCUUUGGGUUGCAGUGUUCCUGUCCUGUUGAACAGUACAUUAAGGGGCUGUGGUUUGUUUGCAUUCACUGUCUGCUUUGUUUUGCCAAAUAAAAAGCUGGAACUAGAA